AUGUCGUAUGGGGAGUGGCCGUGUAUGAUCAUUUAUAACUGUGACGCGGCCGAAUAUUGCAACGGAACGUUUCCAAACGUCGCUUUGUCUGAUGCCCACUGGGGCUUUGUUUGUGCUGUCUCGCUACGUGCCGUGGUGGAAGUCAUUAAGGCUGCGUUCGGGUCUGAGAGUGCCCCACAUCCAGUUAGUGCGCGUAACGGGCGGCUAGUGUGUCGUGGCGCUAAUGGGCACGCGCCGCCACUGCCCCCUGGCGACGCUGCCUUUGCGGCCAAUGCACUCAAGCGCCACCCCUCAUGGACACCG